AUGUCGAGUCGCAGCUUCAACGCUUCGCUCGACCGAAUGCCGACGGAGCUCCUCCGUAUGACUGGGCGGCAUAUGAGUCGCGACACUCUUGGCAGUGUUACUCGAGUCUCCAAGAGACUCCGCAUAAUUUUCCUCUCCCAGCUUCUUCGCACGAUGACUUUCACCGGAGACGUAUCGGAAAUUGCUCGAGAUAUUCGGUCACUUCAGGAGAAACACCCCGCAUCUCCAUCCGGACCUCUCUACAAAUACAUCAGGUUUAUUAAUUUCAUCUUAAAAUCGCCUUUGACGCUCCAUCAAAGCAUGUUAAGCUCUCGAUCUCUUCGCACCCCUGGAACCGUUCGUGACCUGUUUCGCGAGGCGACUGAACUCCAGGGAGUGAGCUUCGACUUUGGCGCUGCCCCUCUCAUUUGGCAAGAGUACUUCAUCGCACAUUUAGGUGAUGCGAGUGAUUGGCCUGGCUUGAGUAGCCUGUGCGUCUUCAGGGCUCAUCCGACCAUUUACAGGGCCAUCAUCAGUCGCAGCACUUCAGAAGAUCUGAAGGCUCUCGCAGUGUCUUCGUACAGAUGCUACAAGAGGCUGAAGCCUCGGUAUUCCCAUCUCAAGCGGCUGGCCGUUGUCGACUUCUUCUGGGUUCCGAUGGGCAGGCUCCGACCAGUGAAAAUUGCUGGGAUCCUGAACGACAUUGCCGACAACUUCAAACACCUUGAGUGCCUAAUUCUUGGAAACUUCCUCAAUGCUACUGGUUAUCAACGUCAACGCCAGUUCCAAACCGAGCAGGAUAGUAGAGAUCUAAACAUCAUGAUCAUCAAACUCGUUAUGACAUUGAAGGCCAUGCCGCGCCUCGUCCGCUUUGCAUUCACUCUCGACGAUGCUACAUUCGGAAGCCGCCACUUUGGCGAAGGCUGGAAGCCAUGGAAUACCGAUGCUGGCAAGAUGACGUGGUAUACUGACCAAGUUCAUGGCAUCUCGGGUUGCGUUCCCCGACUUCAGCAGCUUUGCAUCAGAACCCAGCCCGCUACCUAUAUCCGAGGCAUAAGAAGAUCUAGCCAGCCCAAAAUGGCGAUUAGCUGGCAAACUGAUAUGCAGGGCACUGGUCACGGUUUUGAUCAAGUCUUUGUUUAG